CACCACUUCACUCUCUCCCUCAAGCAAAUCUCGAGGUCACAUUCAUUCUAAGUAUUGAUCGAUCUUCUUCUUCAUCCAUUUCUUGUAAGAUCAUCUUCUUCUCCACCCAUAACCCAAAUGGCCACCAAAUCAUCAGCCCAGUCUCCCCUCGAGAAAACCAGCUUGGCUUCUCUCGACCAGAAGCUUGUCAUGGCCAAACGUUACGCUCAUGAGGGAGUAAAAGCAGGAGCCAAGGCAGCUGUUGUUGCGGGAAUCGCUACAGCCAUCCCGACCUUGGCGAGUGCAAGGAUGCUGCCAUGGGCAAGGGCCAACCUCAACCACACUGCUCAAGCACUCAUCAUCUCCACAGUGGCUGGGGCUGCUUACUUCAUAGUUGCUGACAAGACAGUUUUGGCAACAGCAAGGAGGAACUCCUUCAACCAACAACCCUCUAACUUUGAAGCAUGAAGAAAUUAGAAUCGUAACAUGAAGUUACCUCAGUUGUAUGUAUCUAUAUGAUGGUACCAUCAGUCACUAUCUAUCUCUAUCUAUAUCUAUAUAUACAUAUACAUAUAUAUAUAUAUAAAUAUAAAUAAGUAGUGAAUUGAUGAUGGGAACUUCCUUGGAUUUUGUUUAAGGAAGGGAAAGAUGUAUCCAACUCCUAUCCAGGACUUGGGAGCAGCUUUGUACUAUGCUAUCAGAGCAAUCAAAAAUGAAAUGCAACACAUGUUUCCUUUCAUUCCAAUGUAAACAAGAGAUCAUUCUUACCAUAA